AUGCAGGCGCGACGCGCGGGCCGCGUCCCCGCGCUGCUGCUGUGCCUGGGUGGCAGCUUUGCUGGAGCUCCAGGAGCCACGGAAUUAAAACGUGGUCUGGCGUCCGAGAAGCUGGAGGGACAUGGGCGGGUCCUGGAGCUGUUUCCAGCCCUUGGACCCCUACGUCCCCCAGCCUGCACCACGGGAGACCGGGAGUUGAGCAGCAACUCUGGUCUCUACCCACUAGAUGUCAGUAGCACCUACGCAGUUGUGACAACAAUGUCUCCAGACAUUGCCAAAUGUUCCCCAGGUUGCCAUCUUCUCCAAGCAGUUUUCGGCACCACCGUGAUUCCUUCAUGCAUCCCAGGAGAAUCCGAAGAUAACUGUACAGCUUUAGUUCAGACAGAAGACAAUCCACGUGUGGCUCAAGUCUCAAUAACAAAGUGUGGCUCUGACAUGAAUGGCUUCUGUUUGCAUGGACAGUGCAUCUACCUGGUGGACAUGAGUGAAAAUUAUUGCAGGUGUGAAGUGGGUUACACUGGGGUCCGCUGCGAGCACUUCUUUUUAACCGUCCAACAGCCCUUGAGCAAAGAAUAUGUCGCUUUGACUGUGAUUCUCGUUUUCUUGUUUCUCGUCAUCGUUGCCGGUUCUAUAUACUACUUCUGCAGAUGGUACAGAAAUCAAAAGAGUAAAGAACCAAAGAAGGAAUACGAAAGGGUGACGUCAGGGGAUCCAGCAUUGCCACAAGUCUGA